GGCAACUUCUAAGGUCCCCAUGUUGCCUAUGAAGUUUAUCUUAAAGUGUUAUAAACACUUUAUGUUCAUCUUUCUGUUUAUAUUAAGGUGUUAUGAACAAUUAAGGAAACUAUGUACAAAACGCUGUAAAUUAUAACACUUAAAUAGAAAUCUAAAAAACGCAAGCUCGAUGGCUCUUCUGAAGAAAUCAUGAAGCGGUUUCUAGCAUUUUCAGGCAGCAGCAGCCCCUCCUCCUGGUGUGGGUGGCGUUCCUAUGGCAACAGUCACGCGCUGCCCAGGGCUCAAUCCCUGAGCCGUUACUAACUCUGGUCGGUUUUUCGGCACGAAUGGGAUAUUCCUAACCACACAGGAUCCCGGUCAUCAUCCCUGGGACGGGGUACAAGGGCGAGGAAUCGCGGGACAGCAUGGCCAAAGCGGAAGAUUCCUCGGCGCUGGAGAAUCUGGAUCUGAGCAGAGAGGAGGUUCAGCGGCUCACCUCUGCUUUCCAAGACCCGGAGUUUCGGCGCAUGUUCUCCGAGUACGCGCAGGAGAUCACGGACCCGGAGAACCGGAGGCGCUACGAGGCAGAAAUCACAGCUUUGGAGCGGGAGCGCGGGGUGGAGGUGCGGUUCGUACACCCUGAGCCCGGCUACGUGUUGCGCACCAGCUUGGAUGGGGCUAGCCGCUGCUACGUAAACGUGUGCAGCAACGCGCUUUUGGACGCGCCUAGCAGCCGGCCCGACUCGGGGUCCGGCAGCCACUGGUCUCUACCCUACAGUCUGGCGCCCGGCCGCCAGUACGCGGAACGCGGCGGCUCCCGCUACACAGUCUACGAUGUUGUCUUCCAUCCUCAUGCGCUCGCGCUGGCCGAACGCCACGCGCGCUUCCGUAGAAUGCUGGACGCCACGGCCCUGGAGGCUGUGGAGCAGCGAUUCCGCGUCCAGCUGGACCGCAGGAACGCCAAGACGCUGAAGAUCAAGUACAAGGGGACGCCGGAAGCCCCCGUGCUGCGCACACCAUUGCCGGGAGGCGGCGCGGGCCGGCCCGAGGGGGUUCCAGAAGGCCCUCUCCCCGACUUCCCCUACCCCUACCCGCCUCCCGCGGCUGCACAGAGCCCUGCAGGCCCGCGGCCCCUGGCGCCCUCCCCUCCGGAGACGGCGCCGCAGCCUGAGCCCACCAAGCCGCGGUGCAGCGUGGUGCAGCGCCACCACGUGGACCUCCAGGAUUACCGCUGCUCCCGGGACUCGGCGCCCAGCCCGGUACCGCACGAGCUGGUGGUCACCAUCGAGCUGCCGCUGCUGCGCUCGGCGGAGCAGGCAGCGCUGGAAGUGUCGGGGAAGCUUUUGUGCCUCGACUCGAGGAAACCCGAUUACCGGCUGCGGCUCCCGCUCCCGUACCCAGUGGACGACAGCCGUGGCAAGGCGCAGUUUAACAAGGCGCGGCGGCAGCUAGUAGUCACGCUGCCUGUAGCACACUCAGGCGCUCGCCUAGUGCCCAGCUCGGUGCCGGAAGAGCCCGCCGGGCCGCCGGAAGAGCCUGCGGGCGCGCCCGGAAGUGACGUAAGGAACACGACUAGUGGCGCGCCGGGCGAGCUGGUAUCUGUGUCUGUGGAGCCGGACGUGGACGUGUUUUUGAGGUCACCUGGCCUGGAGAAGGAGCUGCCUCCUGGAGCUGGGAGCUCGUCUGGGGUCGCAGGUGGAGGUUCCCCUUGUGCUUCGUCCGAGGGCGCCGGUUGGGACUCCCCGGCGGGAAGCGGGGACGCGUGCGGAGAUCCCAUCCGAGACCCGAAGGGCGCGGGUGGCGAGCGCUCGGACGGAGCCAUGGGAGGCCCUGCGGCGGGGAGCAGGGAGCCUUUGUGUCCUCCACUGCAGUGCAGUCAGGACGAAGACUCCCUGAUUCUGCUAGUUCAAGUGUCCGGGGUUCAGCCACAAAGCCUUCAAGGCGAUCUGAAUCCUCUCCGGUACAAAUUGAGCUUCUUCGCACAAGACCUAGCUUAUUCCUUGCUCUUGCGGUUUGCUCCGGAGAAUAAAUUGAGUUCUAAAGAACCCGAGAUUAGCGUUUCUUCGAACAAUGCAGUGAUAGUGCUGGCCAAAUCUCCAGAGAGCCGUGGACAUUGGCGAGAGUGGUACUGUGGUUUAAACAGCAGUUCUUUGGAGGAAAGGUUAUUUGUCAGUGAAGAUAAUGUUAAUUUGUUUCUUGAAGAGGUCCUGAACCCUCCAUUCAAACAGACAGUGUCCCCAACACCACCACUAAUUGAAGUUCUUCAGGUUACUGAUGAGAAGAUUCAGAUUCAUGCAAAGUUCCAAGAAUGUAGUAAUCCUGAUCAGCUGCAAGGAAAGGAAAAAAUAAUCAAUGAAGGAUGUCCUCUCACUGAAAAUGAAAAUAUAGACCAUCUUACAGCGUCUACAAUUGAUUCUGAUUCAUCCAUGUCAGUUAAAGCACCAGAAAUAGAUACUUGUGGUUCAGCUGCAGGCUUGCAGCAGGACCCUCUUGAUGCUUCUCAAACGAUACUAGGAAAAAUGGAACCUGAGGCAAAAAUGGAACCUGAAUUUGUAAAGGAAAAAACUGCUACUUAUUCCAAUGAGGAAGAUAAUUUAAAGGAACCUGUCAUAACUGCAGAAAAAAAUCUAGAUGGCGGCCACCAAUCUUCGUCCCUGAACAAAACUGUAGUUCAUAAUACAACUGAUUUUGACAGCAUAAAGGAAACCAAUAUGCAAGACGGUAGUGUGCAGGUUAUUAAAGAUCAUGUGACUCAUUGUGCAUUCAGUUUUCAGAAUUCUUUGCUGUAUGAUUUGGAUUAAUUCAGUGUAUUUUUGCAGUUUGAAUGUUUAAAAACUUGGGGAAUCUUGGGGCUGGGGAUUUAGCUCAGCGGCAUAAGCGCCUGCCUUGCAAGCAGGCAGUUGUGAGUUCGAUCCCUGGUACCAAUAAAAAGGAAAAAGACCAAAAAAAAAAAAAAACUUGGGGAAUCUGAAAUAGUUUACUAAAACUGAAGAUAUUCCAAAAAAUACAAAAUAUAAAUUAAAAUUUGCAAUUUUUAAAUUGGGAGAACUGGAGAUAUUUUUAUUUAAACAGUUUUCUUAAUGAUAUAAAUACUAGUUUUGUGAUUAGUCUGGAGGUUUUUUUCUAGUGGAGAGUAAAACAUUUAGUUUUAAUACAAUCUAUUUAUUGACUUCUGAUGUUUAUUUUCUCUUUGUUUAAUAAAGUUUCAAAGUAAAUAAUCAUAAGUUGUGUUUGUCACACAAAGGAGUUUUCAAGAUUGGAAGUAGAAAUAUAAGUAUCUGUGCAAGAAUGGAAUUUCAAAACUACUUGUUUCAAGUGUGAUACGUUUAUGUUGAAGACAGGUUCUUAGAGGCAAAAGAACUUUUAAUCUGUAUUAAUGAUUAAAUAAUUACAAAUAUACCAAAUAAAAUUUAGUAUUUUUGCAUCAA